AAAGAGGGAGAGAUUGCGUUAAGGGUGGGAUGGCUCAUAUUAAGGUGCGGAGCUCCACUUUGAACCCUCGCUUCGACUUAAAGAGACAUCUGCUUCCACUAGCACUCACUCGGUUGAGCUGUCCGACCGCCCCCCGUCGCUGCCACGCUCGCUCCCGACAGACGGAGCCCUUUCCUCCGCUCCGUGUGCGCACCCAGACGCGCUCUUUCCACUUCAGAAUGGACUCACCUCUUUCUCCUUGUCUCCACCUUUACCAUCGACUGUGAAGCCACUGUACUUUGGUGGGACUGAGCGUGGAAGGAGCGGAACACCUGGUCACCGUCCCACUGCUGGGCUUUUUUAUUUUUGAUUGAACAUCCGCUGUACUCAUAAUCCCGGAGUGUACAUCCGAAAUGGGAAUGUAUUUGCAUAUACUGCUUUUGCAGUACUACUUCGUCUCGGGGUUUGUACGUAAUGCUGUCGCUUUCUUCGAGGAGCCCUCCGGAGGCAGAUCAGACGGAUACUGCGGACGAAUCCUCCGGGCGCAGACCCAAGGGACCCGGAAGGAUGGACAUCAUGAGUUCAGACUCCGAGUGGACGGAGACCCGGAAACAUACGAACCUGGAAAAACCUACAGAGUGGUUCUCCUGGCAACCAGCCCUUCUUACUUCAGAGGCUUCACGCUCAUUGCACUAAAAGAGGGCAGAGAGGGUACAACAGACGAUGACUACACUGGACAGUUCCAGAUCAUUGAUAUGGAAGAGACACAGUUUAUGACCAACUGUCCUCCUGCAGUGACGGAGAGCACACCUCGCCGACGCACCAGGAUUCAGGUGCUGUGGAUGGCGCCACGCACUGGGACCGGCUGCGUUAUACUCAAGGCCAGUAUUGUCCAGAAGAGAAUCAUUUAUUUCCAGGAUGAAGGUUCUCUCACUGUUCGGCUCUGCGAGAAAGAGCGUGUGGCAGGCGAAGCUACAGGGACACCAGCCAUGGAGUGUUGCGCCUGUGGGACAGCCAAGUACAGACUCACCUUCUACGGCAACUGGUCAGAGAAAGUGCAUCCAAAAGACUACCCAAGACGAGCCAACCACUGGUCAGCUUUGAUUGGCGCAUCUCAUUCUAACGGCUACACGCUGUGGGAGUUUGGAGGCUACGCCAGUGAGGGAGUUCGUCAAGUUGCUGAGCUCGGCUCCCCUAUUAAGAUGGAAGAAGAAAUUCGGCAGAAGGGAGAUGAAAUACUGACUGUCAUUAAAACUAAGGCUCAGUGGCCGGCGUGGCAGCCGCUCAACCUCAGGGCUGCUCCAUCAGCAGAAUUUUCUGUGGACAUGACCCAUCAUCUGAUGUCGUUCCUAACCAUGCUUGGACCCAGCCCGGACUGGAAUGUGGGUCUGUCCGGAGAAGAUCUCUGCACCAAAGACUGUGGCUGGGUGCAAAGGCUGGUGACGGACCUCAUUCCCUGGGAUGCAGGCACAGAUAGUGGUGUCACAUAUGAGUCACCCAACAAGCCCACCAUCCCCCAGGAGAGGAUACGACCUUUGACCAGUUUGGAUCACCCCCAGAGUCCUUUCUAUGACCCAGAGGGAGGGGCAGUUACACCUGUGGCCAGAGUGGUUGUGGAACGCAUUGCUAGAAAGGGGGAACAAUGCAACGUGGUCCCUGACACCAUAGAUGACAUUGUAGCUGAUAUUGGACAAGAGGAGAAGGAGGAAGACGGCACACCGGAGACAUGUAUCUACUCUGGCUGGUCUCCCUGGUCAGCGUGUAGCAGUGCGACGUGUGAUAAAGGCCGCAGAAUGAGACAGAGGAUGCUGAAGGCUCAGCUUGACCUCACUGUGCCGUGUACCCAAACUCAAGAUUUCCAGCCAUGCAUGGGCCCAGGAUGUAGUAUGGAGGAAUCGUCCACGUGUAUGAUGUCAGAGUGGAUCAGCUGGUCAGCCUGCAGCGUGUCCUGUGGGAUAGGGAUGAGGUCUAGAGAGCGCUAUGUCAAACAGUAUCCCGAGGAUGGUUCCCUCUGCCAGCUCCACACAGAGGAGACGGAAAAAUGUGUCAUCAAUGAUGAAUGCUCACCCAGCAGCUGUGUCGUGACAGAGUGGGGUGAGUGGGACCCCUGCAGCGUCACCUGUGGUUUGGGCAUAAAGCGACGUGAGCGCAUGGUGAAGAUGCCUCCUAUAGAUGGAUCCAUGUGUAAAACCCAAGUGGCUGAAGCAGAGCAAUGCUUGCAGCCAGAGUGUCAUACCAUUCCGUGCAUGCUGUCUCCCUGGUCGGACUGGAGCCAGUGCAGUGUGACAUGUGGGCGAGGGCUGCGAACACGUCAGAGGAUGCUGAAGUCUGAUCCUGCAACGUGUUUGGAAGAGCUUCAGCAGACUGAGAAGUGCAUGCUUCCUGAUUGCCCAAUUGACUGCAUGGUCUCUGAGUGGUCGGAAUGGUCGGAGUGCAACAAGUCCUGUGGUAAAGGGCACACAAUUCGAACCCGCAUGGUCAAACUGGAGGCACAGUGGGGGGGGAGCCCUUGUCCUGAGACCAUCCAGAGGAAAAAAUGCAGGAUUAGGAAGUGUCGUACAAAAGGAAGAGGUGGAAGAAAGAGAAAAGGGGUUGUAGCAGAGAAUCAGCGAGACGUUUGCAAGAUGCAGCCAUCUUCUGGCUGGACGGACUGUACCAAAACAUGCGGAGGGGGGACACAGGAGCGUUUACUGACUGUGAAGAAAAGAUCGAAACAGCUUUCUUGUAAGGACCAGAAGGAGACCCGUGCCUGCAACAUUCAUCGUUGUUAGAGGGCACUACUGGGCUAGAGGCGAGUGGAAAGAGCUGAGGGAUAAACAGAGGAGAGACGACAACAUGGGUUCAUUCGAGGGGAAGAAAAAAAUUCUGUUUAUUGAAGCCAUUGUAGACUCUGAGUUAACUGGGCUGACUUUUACCUUAGACCACAAAGAAAGUAUUAGAGUUUUGUUUGUGUCCUGCAAAAAUAAAAGAACCUAGGGAGGCCUUGUCUGUAACUGUACACCUACAAAAGAACACCUGUUGUUUUACAACCAGCUGGCAUCACAUAAACAGGCUGCAACAGGAAGUAUUACUCCGUCACACUAGCAUGAGUUACCUGCAAUACAGUAAAAUCAAAAUCCUUAAAAUUUUGCUAAAUUACAGUAUUAGAUGUCAAAACACUUUAUUCUGUCAAACCUAGACAAUUAUUGUCAAACUAUGAUUAAAAUAUCAUAAUCUUCAUCAAGUGAUUUGUGACAACCCUAAGUAUCCAGUAUUUACCUACGAGUUUUUAGACUCGUGUUAAUUGAACUAAGAAGGAGGUAUGGAGUUUUUUUCUUUUUUUGCAAGACACAGCGUCUCGUAGCAGCAGCAUCUUCUAAACACUUACUGUAUGGAUUAACUGCUAUAUUUACUAUCUAACCAAUACUUAGACCUGACACUAUGUAAGUACUAAACCCCACUUUUCCCCAUAAAGACACACAAAUGGAGAUGUUUUAUACUGGUAAAGUCUUUACAUACUGUACUAUAAUUGUUUAUCUGUUUCAGCUGAUGUAGCAUUAAACCCACAAUGAUCCUGUCACAACAUCAUAAGGCAUGUGUAAAAAACAUUGUUUUUCUUGGCAAUUAUGCUUCAUCAGCUUUAGAUCUUGUCUAAAACACAAGUAGCGAAAUGACUGUAUCUGCCUUUGCUGGUUGCUGACAACUCACUUGUCUCUGAAGGGUUGUCACGUCUUACUCAGCUCGGCAGUAAAUCGACUGUUACUGGGGCCUUUGUUAACACUCGCUUUGUUUCCAUGCAAAACUGUUUUUCAAAAAAUAUAUUAUUCCUUUAGCAGGUUAUAUUGCAGUUUGUGUUUCUGUUUUAAUAAGUUUGUUGUCACAUUAUUUCUUUUAUUAUUUUUAGGUUUGCAGGCCCUUUGUUUCCUUGCCUCAUCACUAUUUUGUAAGAACCCGCCUUUACAAUAAAAAAUGUAAAUGGGAACACCA